AUGCCCGAGUCGCACUCUCGAAAGCAUUUUCGACCAAGUGUCCGCGUUGGAAACAAUGUCACAAUAAAGUUCCAACUAUCCUCUCAUGUAGAGGAGCUACGCAGUGAUGAUUGCAAGCAGAUCAAGCUAUUGGUCCAUUCGGGAACGCAGACAAUAUACGCUGACGAGGAGUCCAAAAGCGAGUUAGAAGAUGAGCUGCGUCGCGUCAAGGAACAGCUGAGGAGCGCAGAAGAUAAUAUUGCCUACCUUUCAGAACGGAUGAAGACGUACAGGUACAGGUGGAUCGAAGAUUACCACCGCGCCGAGAACCUCGAACUUCACAUGCCAUAUGGAACUUAUGUACCCGACCUUGAUCAGAUUCCAGAGGGUGCCGCUUCGCCCAAAUUGUUUCUGGAGUGA